AUGUCCCGUGGAAGCGACAUAGUCGACAAGUCCGACGAAGGUCCGAUGUCUCAGCAUAUUGGCAACAUCGCCGAGGGCGAGAAAGUCUCAGACCCCAACCCCUGGGACGCAGAGACUCGUAGGCAGGAGAGACGCCUCGUCAGAAAGUUGGACAUGACCCUGAUGCCGAUGGUAUGGGUUCUUUACUUGUUCAACUACCUGGAUCGCAACAAUAUCGCACAAGCCAGGCUGAACUCCUUUGAGCAAGACCUUCACCUCGAAGGAAGUCAGUACAACACCGCCAUCUCUAUCUUGAACGUCGGCUACAUGCUCAUGCAGCUGCCCAGCAAUAUGAUAAUCACCCGCGUUCGCCCCUCCCUCUACAUUGCAAUUUGGGUUUGUGUCUGGUCCUGUGUGUCUGCCUGUACAGGAGCCGUUCACAACUACGGACAGCUAAUCGCGGUCCGCUUGAUAUUGGGUGUUUCUGAAGCUCCGUUCUUCCCUGGGGUGUUCUACCUGCUAUCCUGCUGGUACACCAAAAAGGAGCUAGCACUGAGAACAGCUGUCCUAUACUCCGGGCUGGUGCUCGCAACUGCAUUCUCCGGGCUCCUUGCCGCAGGGAUAUUUUCAGGGCUGGAUGGGUCUCGUGGACUGGCAGGGUGGCGCUGGCUCUUCAUUAUCGAGGGGGCGGGCAGCUUUAUUGCAGGCGUGGGGGCAUUAUUCCUCCUCCCUGAUUUUCCAGGGACACGAACGGGCUCGACAAAGUGGCUCUUCAGUGAGUCGGAGUGUGUGCUGGCCAUCGAGCGUAUCCAAAGGGACCAGGUAUCCAACCAGGAGGCAGAUCGGUCCGUUUGGCUUGGACUGAAGUCCGCCGUAAAGGACCCCCGUGUCGCUGUGUUUGCUCUCAUGCUGUGUGCUAACCACACAGCCUAUGGCUUCAACAACUUCUACCCCUCCAUCGUCAAAGGCUUCCAGCUUGGCAACACCGUGGUGACACUCCUGUGCACCUGUCCCCCAUAUAUUGUCGGAGCUUUGAUUUCGUUUGGCGUAGCAUGGUCGAGCGAUCGGUUAGGUGAUCGAGGCUACCAUAUUGGCGGCUCAAUGGCUACCGCUGUGAUCGGGUUCGUCAUCAGCGUGUCCACCCUGAACACGGCCGCUCGAUAUUUCUCGUCGUUUCUGUAUAUCUGCGGCUGCUUCGCUGCCAACUCGCUGGUGUAUACGUGGGCUGCGUCCGCGGUGAGCCAGACGCCCGAGAAGCGAGCGUGCGCCACCGCUAUAAUUAACCUCACCAGCCAGUUUGGAAACAUCUGGAGCCCGUAUUUCUUCCGGGACGGGGAUGAGCCGCGAUACACGCUGGCAAUGAUCCUGAUGAUGGCGUUUUCGGUGUUGAGUAUCGGGUGCUGUGCGGUUAUGAAAUGGACGCUGAACAGGGACAACCGCAAGCUGAUUGCAAGGUACCAAGGGACAGGCCAGGAGCCGAAUCUGCAUGUUCUGUAG